GUUCCAGUCCCGACUUCCAGCUCCCCAGCCCCGCCCUCAGCCGCGCGCGCUCUCCCCACCACGCCCUCGUCCCCCCGCGUGCGGCCGCUACAGCCAAUGAGGUUCGGGGCCGCGUGCGCAGAUUCAAACGGCGGCUCUUGAGGGAGGCUGGGCGCGAGAUUCGGCGGUGCGGACAAAACCCUGCAGGAGGCUGCGAGCCCUGCAGAGCUGCUCGCUGCGGGGUGAGGGUGGGGGUCGGCGCCAGCCGCGGAGCUGAGCUCGGACCGCAGCUAGGAGGCUGAGAGGCGGCGGGAGGGGUCGAGGGAGGGCGAGAGCGCGCCUGCUGACAUGUUGGGGGCAUCCCUGACCGGGCCGGGCCGGGGCUAGGAGUGGCGCUGCGGGCCGGGGGCGGGUCGCGGUCCGCCCCUCCGUCCCUCCGUCCUGCCCUGCCGGGGACGUGCGUUCCACUCUCGGUCGCCUCGGAGAGGGAGCGAGGGAAGCGGCUGGAGGGUCGGGGACAAGGAACAUUCGCUUGAGGCUGGAGGAGGCUGAACUGCGUCCCCGCCCAGCCCGCGCCUAUGCGGUACUUGAAGGAUGGCGAAGAGGUCGCGCAGUGAGGAUGAGGAUGAUGACCUCCAGUAUGCUGAUCAUGAUUAUGAAGUACCACAACAAAAAGGAUUGAAGAAACUCUGGAACAGAGUAAAAUGGACAAGAGAUGAGGAUGAUAAGUUAAAGAAGUUGGUUGAACAACACGGAACUGAUGAUUGGACUCUAAUUGCUAGUCAUCUUCAAAAUCGUUCAGAUUUUCAGUGCCAGCAUCGAUGGCAGAAAGUUUUAAAUCCAGAAUUGAUAAAGGGUCCCUGGACUAAAGAAGAAGAUCAGAGGGUUAUUGAAUUAGUUCAGAAAUAUGGGCCAAAAAGAUGGUCUUUAAUUGCAAAACAUUUGAAAGGAAGAAUAGGCAAGCAGUGUAGAGAAAGAUGGCAUAAUCAUCUGAAUCCUGAGGUAAAGAAAUCUUCCUGGACAGAAGAGGAGGACAGGAUCAUCUAUGAAGCACAUAAGCGGCUGGGAAAUCGUUGGGCAGAAAUUGCCAAACUGCUUCCUGGAAGGACUGAUAAUUCUAUCAAAAAUCAUUGGAAUUCUACCAUGCGAAGAAAAGUGGAACAGGAGGGCUACUUACAAGAUGGAAUAAAAUCAGAACGAUCUUCAUCCAAACUUCAACACAAACCUUGUGCGACUAUGGACCAUUUGCAAACCCAGAAUCAGUUUUACAUACCUGUUCAGAUCCCAGGCUAUCAGUAUGUGUCACCUGAAGGCAAUUGCGUAGAACAUGUUCAGACUUCUUCUGCCUUUAUUCAGCCACCCUUCAUUGAUGAAGAUCCAGAUAAGGAAAAAAAAAUAAAGGAACUUGAGUUGCUUCUUAUGUCAGCUGAGAAUGAAGUUAGAAGAAAGCGAGUUUCAUCGCAACCUGGAAGCUUUUCUAGCUGGUCUGGUAGUUUCCUCAUGGAUGAUAGCAUGUCUAAUACUCUAAAUAGCCUCGAGGAGCACACUAGUGAGUUUUACAGUAUGGAUGAAAAUCAAACUCUGUCUGCUCAGCAGAAUUCACCCACAAAGUUCCUGGCCGUAGAGGCAAAUGCUGUGCUGUCCUCUCUACAGACCAUCCCAGAAUUUGCAGAGACUCUAGAACUUAUUGAAUCUGAUCCUGUAGCGUGGAGUGAUGUUACCAGUUUUGAUCUUUCUGAUGCUGCUGCUUCUCCUGUCAAGUCUACCCCCGUCAAACUAAUGCGAAUUCAACACAAUGAAGGAGCCAUGGGAUGUCAGUUUAAUGUCAGUCUUGUACUUGAAGGGAAAAAAAACAGUUGUAACAGUACAGACAGUGAGGCUGUUCCUGUAACAUCCCCAAAUGUGGCCAAGUUUAGCACUCCACCAACCAUCCUCAGAAAGAAGAGAAGAAUGCGAGUGGGUCAGUCCCCAGGCAGCGAACAUAGCGAUGGCUCCUUCAAUGAUGGUGGUAAUACAGCACUAAAACACACACCGGUGAAAACACUACCAUUUUCUCCUUCACAGUUUUUCAACACAUGCCCUGGAAAUGAACAAAUUAAUAUAGAAAAUCCUUCAUUUACAUCAACCCCUAUUUGUGGGCAGAAAGUUCUCAUUACUACUCCUCUUCAUAAAGAAACAACCCCCAAAGAUCAAAAGGAAAAUGUAGGGUUUAGAACACCUACUAUUAGAAGAUCUAUAUUGGGUACCACACCAAGAACUCCUACUCCUUUUAAGAAUGCACUUGCUGCUCAAGAGAAAAAAUAUGGACCUCUUAAAAUUGUGUCACAGCCACUUGCCUUCUUGGAAGAAGAUAUUCGGGAAGUUUUAAAAGAAGAAACUGGAACAGACAUAUUCCUCAAAGAGGAAGAUGAACCUGCUUACAAAAGCUGCAAACAGGAGCAUACAGCUUCUGUAAAGAAAGUCAGAAAAUCACUGGUCUUAGAUAAUUGGGAAAAAGAAGAACCAGGGACUCAACUAUUGACUGAAGACAUUUCAGACAUGCAGUCAGAAAAUAUAUUUACAACAUCUUUAUUAAUGAUACCAUUAUUGGAAAUACAUGACAAUAGGUGCAACUUGACUCCUGAAAAACAAGAUCUAAAUUCAACCAACAAAACAUAUACACUUAGUAAAAAGAAACCAAACCCUAACACUUCUAAAGUUGUCACAUUGGAAAAGAAUCUUCAGUCAAAUUGUGAAUGGGAAACAGUGGUUUAUGGGAAGACAGAAGACCAACUUAUCAUGACUGAACAAGCAAGAAGAUAUUUGAGUACUUAUACAGCUGCCAGCAGCACUUCAAGAGCUCUCAUACUGUAAUUGUUAUUAAAAUUGAUGAAAUGCCCCACUCUCUUACUAUAUUCUUUACUAAAUUAGGUUGCAAUGAAAUUUUUGUCAAGUAAUUGUUUUUAAAGUUUUAAUACAGCACUAAAACGGUUUACAUCAUUUUUCAUAUUGGGCAGGCAGAAAGCCCAGCCACUUAAGUAAGGGGUAGGUAAUUUCAUAGUUUAUUUUUUAAGAGAUGAGAUUUUUAAAAAUUGUUUUUAAAGAACGAGAUGGGUAAACCAUAUUAGAAUGUUACAGAUAUCCUAAAAUUCUCACAUAUUUUCUUCACAAGAUACAUGUUGUUACUCUCUUGAUGCUGCAGUUUUUUACAGAUAGGUUUAUGAGUAUGUAUGACUUCUGCAUUAGUCUGUGUAUGAGAAGCACACAUGGUUUUAUGAAGUACUUUUGCCUAUGUGCCAAUUUCCUUAGGCUAUCAUUUACAAAGAAAUACAAUGGAAAAAAAAAUUGAAAAGGAGAGAAAGUUGCACUACUAAUUUUUGGUAUUUUUUAAAAACAAUAAAAUUAACUACAGUGUUAAAUGUAUUUAUUUGAGCAUAGUACUAAAAACAAAAAGCAUUGAAAAGGGUUUUUUUCCUUAUUAGUAAAGAGUCAGUAUUUUCUUCAUAAAUCUCAGAAGAGUUUUGUUGAAUGUAUUGUACAGUAUGUAGGCGCAAGAAGACUUUGUAAAUUGGAAAGAAGUCUUUUUAUAAUUUAUUUUCAUUUUUAAAGCUUAAAUGUAGAUAUUUAUACCUAUACAGGGUGUCUAGAAGCCAAUGUUGUUUCCUGUUAUUUACAGCUAACAUAGUAAAAAACAAUUUUGACUUUUAAGUAUGAAAUAGUAGUAAGUUAUAGCUGCAAAGAAUACAGUAUCUUUACUGUAUGUCACAUCUACCUAAAUAUUGCACUAUGCCCUUUAAAUCAUGUUGGUUAUAAAAUAGUUCUAAAAAUUUACUAAAUAAUAAUUUAAUAUUUUCUUUUUAAAUUAUAUGGGGGGGGUCAUAUAAAUUAAUCUGGUGAUUUGUAUAUGUGUUUGAAAAUUUUGCAUUUUGUUUAAACAAAUAAUAUGGUACUUUGGUCCCUAAAAACAGUCUGCACUUAGAAGUUUAUUAUAUUUACUCAGUGUUUCAGAAGUAGAGAACAUUACCUUUUAUUUAUAAAAAUAUUUUGUCCUUUUAUAAAUGUUUUGUGUUUCUCUACAGGUUACAACAGUUGCUUCAGUUGCCUGUUUUAGGUGUUUGCACUUAUUUCUUUUUUGAAAGAAUGUCUUUAUUUGCUUUUGUGUAGAGAUUUUAUGUACUUUUUUUGAGACAUAUAAUGGUGUGCUGUCAACUUAAACACUGACAGGCAAAUAGAAUUGUACACUGUAGUUGUAAUUAUUUAUAAUUGACACACUCUCUCCCUCUCCACUCCUGAAGUAUGCUGCUAUAGAAAAUAGCAGAAUCGGCUUGCUGCUAUGAGAGAAGGAAAGAGCCACCACCACUUGCACUGUGUGAAAAGGUAAAAAGCAAAUGAUGGCAAGUUCUCAAGUUAACUUAGUGGAAUCAACCAUUACCAGGCAAAUUCUUGCAAAUGCCAAAAUACUAUGCCUUAAAACAAAGACAGCUUAAGAUUUUCUGAUGUUUUUAUGUUAAUAGAAAUGGUAAUACUAAGUAUUUGAAUUCCUAGCUCUUGAACAGUAGACCUAAAAGGGUUUUAAGCUAUUUAAAUCCACUUGCUCAUUUUUGCAUAUUAUAUGUAGUGAGAAGUGAAGAAAAUGUAUGGUACUAAGAUUAUGCCUUGUUGAUAACAAAUAGAUGAACCAAUUUGAAUCUUCUUAGUGUGUUUGUUAAGUAUGUUGAUUGCUUCCUAAUUAGUGAACUUCUCACAGAAAUAUCACUUUAUAAAAACCAAUGAUUGUAGCAAAAUCAUACUGGAUCAUUUCUAUUUCAGUUACUUUGAACUAAUAGCACAUAAUGGUUUUUGUUUGUUUGUUUGUUUUAAUGUAGCCCAUAGCCCUUAGCUGGUUUGGAUGUACAUAGUCUCCAGUCACCAAAGUAUAAUAUCUUGGAAGAGCUAUAUUUUUUUAAAGCAUAAUUUUUCUUGAGCAUUAAAGUAUCCCAAGUGUAAUAUAUUGCAGAUAAGCCUGGGCUUAUUGGACGGACAUAGAACGUAUUUGGGUUGGUAUUGGUUGAAUCCUUUAGUUAACUGCUUUGUUGCUUUUUGCAAGAAGAUUUUUAAUCUUAAACGUGUCAGGCAUCUUACAUCACCUUAUACUGUUGUGUUCAUUUGAAUUUCUUUCAGUAUUUAUAAAAAUGCCAGACAUACAUGUAGCAGCCAUACUUGCAUGGAAACUGACUACACAUAUAUAAUAUUGCAUUUUGUUGUAAGGUUUUCACAUUAAUACAGCAAUUACCCUGACUAAAUUGAGUUUUUUGAUGUAUGGGAAAACUUUCCAUUGUAAGAGAAUCUUGCAUACAAUAUUGACUAUUAACAUCCAUAAUAAAGCAUCUGUGUACAAGCUGA